AUGUCAUCCUGGCUUCAGCGCCAGGGUAGCUCCCAUCAGUCGCAGCUGGCUGCUACGGCCGUACUCUCGGGCGCCGCAGUCGCUGGCGUCAUUCUCGGCUACCAAGCGCUUCGGCGGAAAGAAGCCGUCCAGCAGCUCAAGGCCUCGAUCCCAAGUAUCGACGAACAACAUCACGCAGAGAAGCUCACAGAUUAUGGAGUUUCCGCCGCCACGCAACUGAGCAAAGAAGACGAGCGCAGCGCCGCUCUCGCCCGUCGAGCACAAGAAGGCGAUUACGAUGACGACCUCGUCCUCGAACAGCUCGCCCGGAACCGCGUCUUCCUGACGGACGAGGGCCUCGCGAAGCUCCGAUCCUCCUACAUCGUGGUCGUCGGCUGCGGCGGGGUGGGCUCGCACGCGGUGGCCGCGCUGGCGCGCUCGGGCGUGUCCAAGAUCCGGCUGAUUGACUUCGACCAGGUGACGCUCUCGUCGCUGAACCGGCACGCGCUGGCGACGCUGGCGGACGUGGGCACGCCCAAGGUGCACUGCAUCCGCAAACGCCUGGAGCAGAUCGUGCCGUGGGUGAAAUUCGACUGCCGCAACGAGCUGUUCGGCGGAUCGGUGGCCGAGAAGCUGCUGGCGCCGUGGGCGCAGAACGACGGCGACAAGGGCCGCAAGCCGGACUUCGUGCUCGACUGCAUCGACAACAUCACCUCCAAGGUGGAGCUGCUGCACUACUGCCACACCCAGGGGAUCCCCGUCAUCUCCGCCAUGGGCGCCGGCUGCAAGUCGGACCCGACCCGCGUGACGGUCGGGGACAUCUCGCACAGCACGGACGACCCGCUGUCGCGCAGCACGCGCCGCCGCCUCAAGCUCCUCGGCGUGACGACCGGCAUCCCCGUGGUGUUUUCGACGGAAAAGCCCGGCCCCGGGAAGGCGACCCUGCUGCCCCUGGCCGAGGAGGAGUUCUCCAAGGGCCAGGUGGGCGAGCUGAGCGUGCUGCCGGACUUCCGCGCGCGCAUCCUGCCCGUGCUGGGCACCAUGCCCGCCGUCUUCGGCUACACUCUCGCCAACCACGUCAUCUGCGCCAUCGCCGGCUACCCGCAGGACUACAGUAUCGGCGGCAAGGGCCGCGACAAGCUGUACGACGGCGUCCUGGCCGCCCUGCAAGGCACCCACGAGCGUCUGGCCCGCGCCGAGUACGGGCCCACCCUCGUCGGCCUGCGGUUGCCCGUCAGCAAGGAUGAUGUCGGCUACCUGGUCGACGAGAUUUGGCGCGGCAAGAGCGCCGUCAGCGGUCUCCCCAGUCGCGUCUGCCUGGUGCCAUGGGAGCGGCCGCCGCGCGGCUUCGCCCCGGACCCGGAGUGGAUGCAGCAGGGCCAGACCUAUGUGCCUGUCGAGAUGAAGAACCUGGUCUGCAUGACCAAGGAUGAGGCUACCCGCCAUGAGAAGGAGGUUCUGCUCGGGGGCAAGACGCUCGAGGAACUGUACGAUGAAAAGACGAUCGAGAUGGUGCGGAAGCGCCAGAAGGAGAUCGAUUUCUACGAACAAUAUCGCUCGACUGCCGGAACAGCUCCCGCUGCUUCGAGGCAUUGCAUUGCCGAUGAGUCAAUGAGCUCGAGGGCUAUGGUCCUGUCCAUCGUCACGGCGCCGCGCUUCCGGCGCUAUGCGAUCAUCUACACCACACUGUUUCUGUCCUGUCUGCUGGGGUGGGAGUUCGUGCUGUCGCCGCGGUUGCAGGAGCACUCGGAGUUGACCAAGUCGCUGGACCCGAACUCGAAGGAGACGGUGGGCGGGUGGUACGGGACCAAUGCGCUGCCGAGCUUCGAGGGCGUCCUGCAGCUGAAGACGUUGGAUUCGUCGCUGCUGCCGGCGAAGGAGACGCCCAAGGCGGGCGCGGAGAGCACGAGACGAUUGAUUGUGGUGGGGGACGUGCAUGGGUGCCGGAUGGAGUUGGAACGCCUCCUCGACGAAGUCACCUUCAAUGACAAGACCGACCACCUCAUCUUCACCGGCGACCUGAUCAACAAGGGCCCCGACAGUCCCGGCGUGGUCGACCUGGCCCGGAAACACGCCGCAUCCUGCGUGCGCGGCAACCACGAAGAUCGCGUGCUGCUGGUGCGCCAAGAACUCGCGGAGAUGGACGCCAUGACGGACACGUCGGGCGACGAGUACAUGGACGGGCUGUCGACUUCCGGCGCCCAAAGAGAUCUCCAAUUGGCCCGCAACCUCACCGACGAGCAGGCGGAGUGGCUCGACGCCUGUCCCGUGAUCCUGAACGUCGGCCACAUCCCCACGAUGGGCCAGGUCGCCGUGGUGCAUGGCGGGCUGGUCCCCGGGGUGGAUUACGACAAGCAGGAUCCUUUCAGCGUGAUGAACAUGCUGACGAUCGAUCUGGACACCCAUCUCCCGAGUUCCAGUCGCGAUGGGAAGAAGUGGACCAAGUUCUUCAACAAACACCAAUCCCUCACCUACAAAUCCACCAAGCACGCCGACGCCCAGGCCACCGACUCCCAGGCCACGACCGUCAUCUACGGCCACGACUCCAAGUCCUCCCUCAGCAUCAACACCUACACCAAGGGUCUGGACUCGGGCUGCGUCAAGGGCGGGGAGCUGACCGCCUUGGUCAUCGCCGACGGCGGCGACCAGAAAGUCAUCCAGGUCCGGUGUAACAACUAUCUGGAGAAGUAGACUGUUCUUGGUGCCAAGUGUCUGUUUCUGGGCGAUGAUCUUGCUGUUUCUUUAUAUAUACAUACAUGAUUCUUCUGCUGGUCUGGAGAGGAUGUAUCAAUGGCUUUCUUUUUUUCUGGGUUGAUUGGGCAACUUAUGCAUAUGCAUGUGCACGGCGUUCUUCUGAGGUGCGUGUGGUUUUGGAUUUAGUGGAAUUAGCAUCGUUGAGUUGAAUGGAUGUACUGUAUACAUUUCCCUGACCAUUGAGCCGGGGUAUCAGACCACAGUCUUCUGGUGGGAGCACCUCUAAGUCAAUCUACUGCAGUGUAUACAGCUAGGCCUUAUCAACAACAGCCAACCCAGAGC